CAGAUACCCAGCCUCACGCAGGCCAUGGGAAUGACUCCCGGGGUGGGCACCCGGCCCGGGGCCGCCACCCCUGGAGCUGCUCCCUCUGCGGGGCCGCAGCGGGGCACCGCCGCUCCCGCUACUGGCCGUACGGCUGCUACCUGUGCCACCGCUCGGGGUGCUGCUGCUGCUGGUGCUGGUGCUGGUCGUGCCUCAAGCGGUGCAGCACGACUGGGUUUCGAUGAGGAUGAUGAGGAUGAGGAGCUGGUGGCCUUGCAGCGGGAGGCGGAGUGGGAGGCAGCUUAUGCCGCCAUGGACGAGUUGGAGGUGGCGCCCAGUGCACCUGCCGCCCCCGCCGCCGUACGACAGCAGCAACCGCGGGGAGGCAGCAACACGGCUCCCGCCGCCGCCGCCGCCGCAGCUCCUGCUCCUGCUCCUGAGGAUAUCGACAUGGAGGAGCUCAUGCAGAUUGCGGAUGAGGCGGAGGCAGCGGCAGAGGCGGCGCCUGCACGACAACAAGCCGGGGCUGGCGCCGCCGCUAGGGCGGAGGAGGCAGCGGCGGCGAUGCCGUACGGCGAUGACGAGGAGCUCAUCGCGCUGGAAAUGGAGUACCAGGCGACAGCGGUGGUGGCGGCGGCGGCGGCUCCAUCGAGCCGUACGACGCAAUUUGCAGCUGGUGGGGGUGGCGGCGGCGGCAGUGGCACUCGGCAAGAGCAAGAUGGCGAUGACGAGGAUGAGGAGUUGAUGCGGCUAGCGGCGAUGGACACGGCGGCGGCGGAGGCGGCUGUACGGCAAGGCCGCCGUCGCAGCAGCGGAGCUGCUGACGUGGAAGCCGCCGCCGCCGCUGAGGUGGUGGGAUCCGCCGCGCCUAUGGAGUUGGACCUGGGCGAGGAAGUAGCAACUUAUACAGCGACGCAGGCAGGGGCAACACAGGGCUGCGGUGACAAUGGUGAGGCGAAGGGACCGUACGGCGAAGCAGAGGAUGCUGUACGGCAACAUUACGGUGGUACGGAAGAUCUCGAUGCGGCGCUGCGGGCGCUACCAUUUGAGGAG